UGUAUGUUUUCUCAUGAGAUUUAUGAGUCAUAAAUGAUUUAAAUUGAGUUUGUGUCCAGAUAAAAUUCUGUUACUUAAUAGUUUAUCAUAACGUCAGAGCCAGAGAGUCAGAAUAAGUAAUUUUUUUAUGACAUACUGACAGUACACGUCAUCUAUUUGUUCCCAUCUCCGUUUUACUUAUAGAUUGUACUGUAUAGGAUAGUUUUAUUAUAACACGUAUUCGGUUCCUAGUCUUCAGUCUUCAGUCUUCAGCUCAGUGAUCUAGACUCUGGAGUUUACAGCCGGAUAUAUAUAUUUGGUUUGUGUUACGUUACUGUGCUAGUUUGAGAUCAACAUCCUAACUUCUCUACAGCGUAUUAUAUUUUAUAUUUUUCAACCACACCCAUCAAUUAAAAUGUCUGCCAGUAAAUAUUAUCACGUACAAUGUACACCAACAGUCUACCCAGCGGAUCCUUUUGAUGCAGAAUCCGACGCAGAAUCACUGCGUAAGGCAAUGAAAGGAUUUGGCACCGACGAGCAGACGAUUAUUGACGUUUUAGCCCAUCGUGGAAUAGUCCAACGACUGGAAAUUGCAGAUAAAUUCAAGUCCAUGUAUGGAAAGGAUUUAAUUUCCGACCUUAAGUCCGAAUUGGGCGGUAACUUCGAAAAUGCUAUUAUGGCUCUGAUGACACCGCUCCCUAAUUACUAUGCCAAGGAACUGCACAACGCUAUUUCCGGUAUGGGUACCGACGAAGGUGCCAUCAUAGAAGUACUUGCUUCCUUGAGUAAUUACGGUGUUAAAACAAUUGCAGCAGUUUACAAAGAACUUUAUGACUCAGAAUUAGAAGAUGACCUAAAAGGCGACACUUCCGGUCAUUUUAAACGAUUGCUAGUUUCAUUAUCAUGCGCAGCAAGAAAUGAAGAUCCAGAUAUUGACGAAGCUUCCGCUAUUGAAGAGGCUGAAAAACUGUUCCAAGCUGGUGAAGGUCAAUGGGGUACUGAUGAAAGCACAUUUAAUUCAAUUUUGAUCACUAAAAGUUUUCCGCAAUUACGUAAAAUAUUCCAUGAAUAUGAAAGAAUUUCCGGAAGUAGCAUCGAAGAUGCUAUUAGACGUGAAUUUUCUGGUUCAUUGGAAGAUGGUUAUCUCGCAGUUGUUAAAUGUGCUAGAGAUAAAACAGCUUAUUUUGCUGAAAGACUCCACAACGCUAUUUCCGGAAUGGGAACUGACGACGCAACAUUAAUUCGUGUUAUCGUAACACGUUCAGAAAUAGAUUUAGGUGAUAUUAAAGAUGCUUAUCAACAAAUUUAUGGAAAAUCACUUGCUGGAGAUAUUGAUGACGACACUUCUGGAGAUUACAAGAGACUUUUGCUUGCUUUGGUUGGCGCUUAGUUAUAAACAAUUAUGACUCGAUACAUAACCAAACUGUUUAACUCAUCACAUAUAUUAAUUACUUUUCAAUAUAAUAUAUAUAUAUAUUUAAUGUAAUUAAUACUCAUGAUCUGCGUUACUAAAACAAUAUAUAUGUUAUAUUAUUAUAAUUUAUAAACAAAUAAAUCCGCAUGGCCUUAAAUUAUA